AUGGGUUUAACUAAUGAAGCAAAUAUCAUACUGCCUCAACAUAGCAUUGAACCUCCAAAUAUAAUUAGAAUUUCUAGAAACUUCACAGAAAGUAAUAUUUAUUUGAAUGAAGAUGAAAUUCUGCCUGAUGAAGAAGAUCUGGAUCCAACUGAAUUAGAUACUCAAGAACCACAAGCAUUUGUUCCUAGUUCGGCUCCCAUAAGUAGACAACUUACAAGAACAGAUGCCACUUCCUUUGUAGGUGGGAAAUCCAUUGAAACUGUAUAUAGGAAUCAAAUUGAACAUUCUAAUGCCCCCCAUCCUAUUGCGGAUUCCCAUAAGACAAGUUCUCAACAAGAAUUUAAAGCUAAUGAUACUACUUUUCAAGAAUCAGAAUUAUCAAAAUUUAGUGAUUCACAGAAAGUCUUUUCAUUUUCUUUACCAUUUGGAGGAUUAUUAAAUUUAAGAAGUCAUAUAUCUCGACAGAUUCAAAAUUUCAAAAUAAUAGACAACUUUGUUAGCCGUCAUGAUGAUGAAUUAACUGAACAAGUUAGAUUAAAACUAGAAAAGCAACAAUCUAUAAGUACAGUUGACGAAGCGAAAUAUUUCAAAGGAGUUAAGGGUACUGAUGAUGGAAGAUUCAGAGCUGUGAAACUGACAUUCACUUCAAACCUAAAUGAAAUUCUACCCGAUUUUAAGUCCAAAAAGGAAGAGAAAGAACCCUGCGAUACUAUAUAUGAUAGAAUUGAAGGAAAUAUUGUUAUAUUGGGUGGAUAUAGAGGUUCGAUUUUAAGAGAUACCAAAUCAAAGAAACGAGUUUGGAUUCCAAUUAAAGCUGGCUUUAAUUUAAGAAAAAUCGAUCUCUUAUUAGGACCUACAAAACAAGACGAAUUAAAUGCAGAAGAUUCAAUAUAUCCUGAUGGAAUGUUGAAGAAUAUUGGUCCAAUUGACAUGUGUAAGAAAUUCAUUAAGAAACUAGAAGCAAAUCCAAAAGUAAAUAUCCGAGAAUUUGGUUAUGAUUGGAGAUUAAGUGGAGAUUAUACAUCGAAGAAACUUGAACAAUUCUUAACUGAUAUUUAUAAUGAGACGGGGAAACCUGUAUUGGUGAUUGCACAUUCAAUGGGUGGAAUGAUAGCACAAGCUACCCUUCAAAGAAAUCCAAAACUUUUCCGAUCUAUUGUCUAUGUUGGUUGCCCUAGUGAAUGUUUGAACAUUCUUGGGCCAAUACGGUUUGGAGAUUCGAUACUUCUAUCAGAUAAGAUUUUAACCUUUGAAACUAAUUUCAUGAUGAGGUCUAGUUUUGUGUUCCUUCCAUUAAGUGGAAGAGUUUUUUAUAAUAAAGAAGCUAAAGAAUAUUAUGAUCUUGAUUAUUUUGAUCCUGAUACUUGGGUAGAAUACAAUUUAAACCCGCUAGUUUCCAAAAAUAGGAAAAUUGCGGAAGAGAGUUCGGCGAGAGAAAUGUUGCAUUCUCCUUCAAAUGAUUCAAUCCUUUCGUUCCCAAGUAUAAAUCUGAUAAGUAACAAGAUAAAUAAACUAUACCGGUCCAAAACCAUAACAUUAAUGAAAUCCAAAUCGAUGGAUACAUCUUCUCACAGUCUACCCGGGGUAUUAAACGGACCAGCUACAACCGAAGAUGGUUUUGACGAUAACACAAAAUACUCCUUUACUUUCAAAGAGGCAUAUAAUUAUCUAAAGGAAACCCUAGAAUCAACUAAAAAAUUCAUACUAUCAUUAGAAUAUAAUCCAGAUUUGGAAGAUCAAUAUCCACCUAUGGCCGUUGUCUACGGAAACACAAUCCCAUCCGUCCGAGGAUCCAUAGUUAGAAGUAGACAAGAUAUCAAAGAUGGAAACUAUUACGAAUUCUUCUAUGGGCAUGGUGACGGAGUCGUGCAUCAGAGAUGGCUAAUGCCUGAAAAGAAGGGGUUUUCGUAUUUUGAUGCUGAUACGUGUGAAGGACAGAUCGUGGGGAAGUUCGCAAGUAUGGCUGGGCAUGUUAAUUUGAUGACGGAUUUUAAGGCGAUGGGGAUGGCACUUAAUGCUGUGGUGGAGGCUGAAGGAUUUUGGAAGGAAAAGGAACUAAGAAAGAAAAAGAUGAAGAUGGCAAGAGGGUCUGCUUAA